GUUCUGAUUGGGAGAAGUCUGAACUCCUGUGUGCUGAUUUAGAUUGAGAAAUCUGUCACUGCUUAUUACAUUUUAUUCCUGGUUCUGAGCAGCAAGUACUUCUGAAUUCAGCAAAUUGUGGAGUUUUUCAGCACUUAGUUGCCUGAUAUAGAAUCCAGUGUAUGUUCUGUCCCUUGUGCAGAAAGAUUUUAACCUUCCGGGAUUAGUUCUGUGAAGGUUCUGUGUUGGCUAUGUUCUGAAUUCUGAGUUUCAGUAAAGAUCCUUUUGGAGGCCAUGUGCUGAAUUAUGAUUUUCAGUAGAGUUAUACUUGCUGUUAUAGCCAGGAAUUUGAGGAAUACAGAGAAUUGCAAAUUAAGGUUGUCAUCUAGUUGAGAUCUCAUAAUUUAGCUUAAUUAGUGAUAUGAUUUAAAGAUCAGCUUGGGAGCAAAUCUUUAUAGAUUUGGAGCCAGCUGAUAUGAUUAGUCUGAGAGCCAUAUGAUUAUGUUCUCUAGUUUAAUUCAGAUAUAUAUUAUGAUUCAUCUUCUCAGUGUUCAUCAUAUGAAAGACAUGUAUUUCAUUUUCUUGUCUUUGUUAUUGUUGAUCUACUGUUUUUAUUAUCUUCUUAGAGGGAUAUGUAUAUCUAUGCUAUUUAUAUCGCACAUAUUUCAACAAUCCAGAAAUCCAAUAGCUUCUGUGAUGGCUAGCUCUAGUUCCUUUGUUCCACCUCCGUCGUCCUCGGACGCGAUUAAGCCUGAGAGCUUCGAUGGAACCGGCUUUAAGCGCUGGCAGGCCCGGACGAGGCUGUGGAUGAUGGAGCUCGGAUUAUUCUGGGUCCUCACCGAAGAGCCAUCCGCUCCUCAAGGGGAAGCCGUGCUAGACGAGGUCGAAAGAACGCGUCUCGAUGCGUUAAGGGCCCGUUGGGAGAAGGCAAAUGCCUCAGCCCUUGCACGUCUCCUGGCCGUUCUGUCAAACAGGCUCUUCGAUGUCUACGUGGGAUUCGGGGAAGCACGGAAGGUGUGGACGGAGCUGAAUGACAAGUAUGCUGAAAGCGAUAAUGGCAAUGAGUCCUUCAUGGUGGCAAGCUACCUGAACUUUCGUAUGGGAGAUAGCAGAUCAGUCAUGGAACAAAUUCAUGAAUUACACCUGAUCGUGCGUGACUUAGGCCAAUAUGGUUGUGUCCUCCUGGAGAACUUUCAGGUUAAUGCUAUUUUGGCCAAGCUGCCUACUUCUUGGCGUGAUUUUGUCACUGCACGUCGACACUUAAAACAGCGAUUGACUCUUAAUGAGCUCAUUGCUGCUAUAAAUGUCGAAGAGAAGUCAAAGGCAGGUUAUGGUGGGGCGAAGAUGCCUGCUCAAGCUAAUCUUGUUGAGCACAAGAACCAUCCUGGGAAGAAUGUGAAGAAAGAGAAGGCCAAGCCUGGUUUCUCUGGACCAAAGACUAAUACUAUGAAGAAGAAGAAGAAGCCCGAGAUUGUCUGCUACGUCUGCGGUGGGUUGGAUCAUAAGGCCAAUAGAUGUCGCGAUCGUAAGGGCAAGGGGCCAACACCUGACCAGCAGAAGGCAGCCAAAGCCCAAGUUCAUGUGGCUGUUGCAACGGUUGAUAAUACCGAUAAAGGCGACGCCACUAGUGGGGCGCAGACUGUGGAUCCGUACUGAUGGGGAACGGGGUCUCGGCAGCAGUGCGUGGAGUAGGACAAGUGAGCCUGAAGCUGACUUCCGGCAAGAUUCUUGUCUUAAAGGACGUACUAUUUGUUCCUGCCAUGACCCGCAAUCUACUCAGUGGAUCGAUGAUGUGCCGGCAAGGAAUAAAGUUAGUCUUCGAGUCGAAUAAAGUAGUGAUCACCAGGUGUGGGUCGUUUGUAGGAAAAGGCUAUGAUUGCGGAGGCAUGUUCCGCAUUUUUACUCUUGAUAGCUCUACAAACAUUUUCUAUU